AAUAAAUAAAUAAAAACUCUUUUUACUUUACCUUUUUGGUUUCACUCGAAGCUGAGUCUCCUCCACUGGUUCCGCCAUUGCUCCACCACCGAUGGUCUUUGUGAUUUUGAUUCCCAUAAACAUAAUUUUGUUGGUUUUUACGUUUUCAUUAUAGGAAUUUAAUGGGCUUGGAUAGUUUUUUUCUUUUGUGAGUAAUUUUGUGGUUUUUUUUUACUGUGUUCGAUCUUAGGGCGUGAAUCUUGAAAAUAUUGUGGCGUUUGGAAAAUUAAUUUGCAUUUGAUUUUUUGUUAGUUGGAAUUUUAGUUGAGGUAUCAGAAAAUAUGUAGCUUUCGGAAAUCUUUCGGUUUAUUGCCACUUCGUGGUUUUGGAGUAGAUUGUUUUGCGUAUUUUUCUGGAGAAGCAGCGGCUGUGCCGUCGGAGCAGCAAUGGGGUGGGAUUUCUCUUGAAUGGGGAAAGCGUCUUUGUCGACUGGUUUUGAGAAGAACGAAAAAUAAUUCAGUGUUUUCGUUUUCUUUUGGUUUGGUGAGAUAAGCUUAGGUGUUUGUUAUCUAUUGGAGGGCACAAAAGUGUGGGUUUGUGCCACAACCUCACAGAAGCAGCUCUCCUCCGUCGUACUCCGCUUCACUGCCUGGAGCUUAAUCAAACAACAGACUCCAACUACCAACGGUCACAUGCGACCAGAUCUCAAUGACUUCAGUAGGCGUUCGUUCACUGCUUCUAUUCUCUGCACUUUUUCGUGUCAUUCUGAUUGUAUAUGGAGAAUGGCAAGAUAGCCAUAUGGAGGUUAGAUACACGGAUGUUGAUUACGUCGUCUUUUCUGAUGCUGCUUCUUUAAUGGCUUCGGGGGAUUCUCCUUAUAAAAGAACAACGUAUCGGUACUCUCCCUUGCUCGCUUUUCUGCUGAUUCCAAAUUCAAUCAUUCAUCGCUCAUGGGGGAAAUUUCUCUUCUCAGCUUCAGAUUUACUUGUGGGCUUGUUUAUCCAAUCUAUUUUAAAGCUACGUAGGGUGCCUGACAAACUAUGCACCUUUUCUGUAAUGGUAUGGCUCCUCAAUCCAUUUACCUUCACCAUUGGAACCCGUGGGAACUGUGAGCCCAUUGUUUGUGCCAUGAUUUUGUGGAUCAUUAUCUGUCUUAUGAAUGGUAACGUGUUACAAGCUGCAUUUUGGUAUGGGCUUGUUGUCCAUUUUCGAAUUUAUCCUAUCAUCUAUGCACUUCCUAUUAUCUUGGUUCUUGAUCCACACAUCUUCCAAUCUGGUCAGAAGCCAGUCCUUAGUUAUUGGACUGCUGGUCAAGGAAAGACAACACAAAGUAGUACAGAUGUGACUUAUCACUGCACUAUGUGGACUGUAUUGAGGAAAAUAUUUACAAGACAGAGAAUUAUGUUUGGCUUGGUAUCUGGCAUUGUUUUCCUCUCUUUUACUGGUUUUUUCUUCUACUUAUAUGGGCGGGCAUUCUUACACGAGGCACUGCUGUACCAUCUUACUCGUACAGAUCCAAGACACAACUUCUCUAUCUAUUUCUAUCACAUAUAUCUCCAUUAUGAACAGAAGAUUUCAGUGGUAGAAAAGCUUAUCUCUUUUUUGCCUCAGUUCAUGGUGCAGCUGGUUCUUAUUUUCUGCUUUGCGCAGGACCUCCCAUUCUGUUUUUUUGUGCAGACAGUGGCAUUUGUAGCAUUCAAUAAGGUAAUUACAGCACAGUACUUUGUGUGGUUCUUUUGCUUGUUGCCUCUGAUACUGCCAUGGAGCAAUAUGAAGCUUAAAUGGGAAGGCAUAUGCUGCAUAUUUGUAUGGAUGGGAGCUCAAAUCCAUUGGUUGAUGUGGGGCUAUAUGCUUGAAUUCAGAGGCAAGAAUGUCUUCCUACAGCUUUGGAUGGCAAGCUUGGUGUUUCUGGCUGCCAAUACUUUUGUUCUCAUCAUGAUUAUCCGCCGUCACCGACACUCUCCGGUGUUUAAAGGGGUAGAGCAUACAAGUUCCAAAAAUGCAAUAAAACUUGAGUGAGGAACAUAGCCCCAUGAGUGAUGAAACUUGAGGAGCUUUCUUCAUCACGGUUUUGCCAUUGUCAUGUUAUUUUGGAAACUCUGUGGUGUUGAGCAAUUUCUUUGCUAUUAUUGCUUUGGGAAUUUGUAAACAAUGUUUUAUCAUAUAUGUCCCAAGAGGUAUUUAUGGGAUA